AUGCGGUAUUCCCUGCCGGUCGCAUCCGAAGGUCAGAAUGACGGGACAAGCGACUUGUCACCUAUCUUCUCAGAUGAGGUUGACGCCUCUGGCACCUCGUCAACCGGCGAAUCCGAGCCCGACAGCGGCGAUGACGCCUGCGACGAUGACUCGAUCUUGGACAACGAGGAGUGGCAGGAACUCCCCGGGGAACACUACCUCCAGGAGGCUGAACAUCUCAACAUCUCCCAGCUCCAACAGAAACACUAUAGUACAAGGUUUCAGCAGACGUUGGACAAGACUCAGGAAUAUUGGGAUCAGUGA